UAUUCAUGUAUCUGAGGACGUGAAGGUGGCACAUGAGUGGCGAAACACGCCGCGCAACUCACAGAAACUGUUGAGAGAAUGCAUGUUGUGUGAUGCAAUUCUUUAAUAUAUAUUUCUGUUCACAAUUAAAGUACAGAUAAUUCUUUCUGAAUCAGAGCGAGGCGGUAUUCAACGCGGUGUACGAGAGCGACUGGUACAACCAGUCUGGACGAUACAAGUACUUCACCAGGAUGCUCAUCAUGAGGGCCCAGAGGCCGGUGAGACUCACCGCGGGCAGGUUCGGGACCCUCUCUCUGCCUCUCUUUUCUUCGAUGCUGCGCUCUUCGUACUCGUACCUGGCGCUCCUGCGACAGAUGCAUGAAGAUUAGCGACAGCCGCUCUGCUGUGCAGUCAACUCAAGUGACAGAUAAUAUUCAUCAUAGAACUUAAUUGCACUACACUCACGCGGUAUGUAGUUGGUUGAGGCACUACGCUACAAGACGGAAGGUCGCAGGUUCAAGUCCCGAUGUUAUCACUGGAUUUUU